AUGCUCAUACUGUUUCUUACUAUCUCAUUGGUCUAUGUGCAUUAUGCACAAAGUAUCAUGACCGCGGUGGCUAAGAUUCAUCUGGAUUCUAAAGAUGGACUAACCGGCUUUUUUAUAUUUGCGCAAAUGAACGAAAAUUCACCAGUAAUAAUCAAAGGGAACAUCUGGAAUAUGCCUCCGAAUACUGUUCAUGGUCUUCAUGUGCAUGAACAUCCACUAUCGAAUGACGUAUUGAAUUGUACAGCAGCUGGAUCACAUUUUAAUCCGUACGGCACUUCACAUGGUUCGAUUACAGAAGACAUCAAUCAUCGACACGUAGGCGACCUUGGAAAUGUUACUUCGAACAGCAAUGGACAUAUCCACAUUGACAUCAAAGAUUCGAUUAUUCAGUUGUGUAAUGCUACUCAAUCGAUUACUAAUCGAACGAUUGUAUUGCAUGCCAUGCGUGAUGAUGGCGGCAAAGGCGGAUUUUCAGAUAGUAAUACUACUGGAAACGCCGGCGCACGACUUGCCUGCGGUACUAUCGUAUUACAGAAAGCAUGGUUUAAGCAGUAG